UGCCGCUGACGGCAGACGCUGCCCACACCACUACAAACGUUCAGCCGGGACGCUUCUCUCCCCCGAGCGUCCUCGCAUCGAUUAGCUUCAUUUUUUUCAUACGUGUUAACAUUAGGACGACAUGGCAAAGCAUCAUCCCGAUUUAAUCUUCUGCAGGAAGCAGCCCGGAGUGGCCAUCGGACGCUUGUGUGAGAAAUGUGACGGGAAAUGUGUGAUCUGUGACUCGUACGUGCGGCCAUGCACACUAGUGAGGAUAUGUGACGAGUGUAACUACGGCUCCUACCAGGGUCGCUGUGUCAUCUGCGGAGGGCCCGGUGUGUCUGACGCGUACUACUGUAAGGAGUGCACAGUUCUGGAGAAAGAUCGGGAUGGUUGCCCAAAGAUUGUCAACUUGGGGUCAUCCAAGACUGAUCUCUUCUAUGAAAGGAAGAAAUACGGUUUUAAGAAAAGAUGAUGUCAAGACUUCGACGCUAUUUGGUACAACUGUGAUAAUGCAUGUUAUGCUUGGACAGUAACUGAGAUGGUUGCUUUUAUAUCUGUAUGUUGCAUAUUAAAUGCAAAAUAUUUGUAAUUUAUAAAUAAAUCUUUUGGUACAAAA